AUGGCAAGCCAUAUGGUUUUCCGGACUGUUCCAGCGACACGUACCGAUCCUACACCGGAAAAUAUCGUGUUGGCCUACUAUACAUAUCUCCAGCAUAAACGGCCUGCGCUUCGAUUGAGUACAGUCCCAGACGAGCUUUCGGUGGAGGGAGAGCGAGUCUUGGCGGCCUUCGAAGAGGCCAGCUUGCCCAUAAUGCGUCGUCGAGACAAGACGGCGGCAGAGAGGAUACAAUUGCUCGAGUUAGCUGCGGAGAAAGAACUCUCUUCCUCCGAGUCCCGGGGAAACAAUGAUUGCACUAUCAUCAUAGUGUACAAUUUGGUUGAGAUGGUCAAGAACCAAACUCGAGACGAAGAAGCGGUGACGACGGAAUAUCUAAAAUCCUUUCCGUCGCCCACAGGUCUUCCUGACAAUCUCCAGUUUGCUUUAGUAACCUCAGGCAGCAGGGCAUCGGAUGAUGGCACGAUGAUUGACAUUGUCGUCACUCACAUUCCUGACACUAACAAUACACACAUCGCUUGGUUCUCGGACGAAGAGAAAACGCCAAAGUCCGCUCUACACAUUUGGGAGAACUCUCUUUGUUCUACUGCACUCAUUGGCAACUCCGAGGAGACAGUGAAGGACCUGGCUCUAGAAGCUGCGCAACAGGUCUCGAAAAUUUGUCGGUCCAAGUUGACAUUGCGACUUCACCAUGAUAGCACUGGCACUGCGAUACUCCACCUUGCUAUGGCAAGCGAAGCCCAUAUGCUGCGACAUGUUAGGCACGAUCUGGAGGAAUCUGGCACCCCCAAUGGUGUCUUUUUCGAGCAAAAGGAGUGGGCUAUAACGGGUUUAGGAGACGAAACCUGGGGAGACUCAGCGUUGGCAAUAACCCGAAGACAUAUACCCCGGAGUGACCCAGGGUACGAGUUCCAUGAAGGUGAUGGGACAAGAACAGGGAAUGCGGUCGAAUCGUCUACUGAUGGACAUGACCAAGGGACGCAGUAG